AUGGCUCAGCCGAAUCAGCCUGAAGCCGACCCAGCCAUUGCCAUUGAUUCACCAUUCGAACAGGACUCUGCCCUUGGGGAUGAUGCUCCAUCGGAGUUUACCUCUCUCAAGAGCAGCAUUUAUAACUAUCAUUACGCGAAUGGCCGUCGUUAUCAUGCAUACCACGCAGGAUCUUAUUGGUGCGGCUUAGAUGUCUCGACUGACUUCAGAAGCAUGCUGAGACCGAUGUCAAGGGGGCCCAACGACGAGAAAGCCAUGGAGCACCUUGAUAUAGGGCACCAUCUCUAUACACUCCUGCUCGAGGGCCGGCUUCACCUGGCUCCCAUUGGAGACGACGUGCAGCGCGUCCUUGAUGUUGGAACCGGAACUGGUCUAUGGGCAAUUGACUUCGCCGACGAACAUCCUUCCGCUACCGUCAUUGGAACCGACCUGUCCCCCAUCCAACCGACGUGGAUUCCACCAAAUCUCUCGUUCGAGAUCAGUGACUGUUGCGAGGAAUGGUCCUUUCCAAACGAAAGCUUUGACUUUAUACACGUGCGGGGCUUAUACGGCAGCGUCGCAAACUGGGAUGCUUUUUACAGAGAAGUUUCCAAGUGUCUUAAACCAGGAGGUUAUGUGGAACAGGUCGAGCAAUCAGUGGUGCCCAAAUCUUACGACGGAACCACCGAUGGGACAAUUUUUGAAGAGUGGGGGAAUGUCUCCCUUGAAGCGGGAGAUGCGUUUGGAAAAACACUUCGUAUCGUGGACCAGUCAGCCCAGUACAUGACCCGGGCUGGUUUCGAGAGUGUUACCGAACAGCGGUUCCGUUGUCCAGUGGGCGGCUGGGCCAAGGACAGUCGUCUCAAAGAACUUGGACACUACAACCGCCUCCAGUGGGAGGAAGGCAUUGAAGGCUGGACAAUGAUGCUUCUUACCAAGAUACUUGGGUGGAGUCGAGAAGAAGUCGAAGUGUAUCUCGCUAGAAUGAGAUCCGGACUACGUAACCCCAGAAUCCAUGCUUAUCAAGAAAUAAUCUUCAACCAGUGUGUCCAACUUGGAGCCGGCGCAAUCAGCUUCUCAUCAGGAUGGAAACUGGAGACACCGUCAGAUCUGCUUAGCACGGAGGUUGAAGAUUUUGAGUCGAAUAUUGCCGGCUACAAAAUAAUCGCGGAACCAGCUGCAGAAACUCGCGGCUCAGGAACUCCGUUCUAUGUCGCUAAAGACGCAUUCUGCAUCGAAAGUGACGAGCGGCGGGCCGAGCUCAUCCUCGAUAAUGUGCACCCUGUUCUUCCAGUGCUUGAUCCGUACGAUUUUCUCCGACAGUACGAGCUCGAGGGACCUUCGCGGACAAGCCCAUUACUUCUUCAGAGCAUGUUUCUUGCCGCAAGCAGUUUCGUAUCAUCUGACAUCCUGCGACGAUCUGGGGCCCAUUCGAUUACUUCUCUUAAGAAACGAUAUUACCUGCGCGCGAAGCUACUCUAUGAUUUCGAUCACGAAGCGGAUAAGGUUUGUCUAGUCCAAUCACUCCUGUUAAUGGGGUACUGGUAUCGCCAUCAGUCUCAGCCAGACUAUGGGAUUGCUAUGUCCCGGACCUCGUGCUCGACGACUUGGUUCAGUAGUAGCAACUCAUCACUGUCCGAAAUCAGUCCCGUUGCGGCAGCGGUGGUGAAAAAGUGUGACGAACUCUCGCCCAUCUUCCUGGAGAUGCUCAAACUGAGCCGGAUCAUAGGAGGCGUCCUUGUAUAUCAGUAUCGUCCCUUGCAACCUCCGUCCUCGAGGGUUGAAUUGUUACAGCAGUACGAUAUGGAGCUGCAGUCCUAG